AUGCCCCCCUUCGUCUCGCGCAAGCGCGUCUCCGACGAGGAUCCGCCCGCGCCCAAACGUCAUAAUGCGACGCCCACCGUCGCCGCCACCGUUCACCACCACGACGACGGCUUCGAUUCCUCCUCCACCGAUUCAUCUCUAAGCGACGUCCCCGAAGACCUACAAGACACGCUCAAACCAGACAACACCAAUGACUCCGACUCAGACAGCAGCAGCAGCAGCAGCGAGUCCGAGGAGGUUGAUUGGGAGGAUGCCUUCGAGUCGGAGCCGGCCAGCGCCAGCGCCACCACCCCGAUGACGCCCUCAAUCCUCGCCUCGGACCACCAACACCAAGACCUGGAAUUGACUCUCGACAAGAACGAAGUCCACCUGGCCGACAUCGUCGAGGGCAAAAAGGCCCCCUCCAAGAUCGAGCGCCAGAUCCGCCUGAACACGCAUUGUCUACACGUGCGCUUCCUGCUCUACCACAACGCCCUGCGCAACGCCUGGGCCAACGACGAGAAACUCCACGAGAUCCUGCGGCGCAAGCUCCCGCCCGCCCUGCACAAGGAAGUCAAGAAAUGGCGCAUCUCGUCCGGACUCGAGCUUCCGGAGAAGCCGCCACCGCCGCCGCCGUCGAAGAAAUCAGCCAGGAAGGGCAAGGGAAAGCAGCAGUCGCGCCACCGUCCGACGGAGCGGGACUGGACUGAGGGCUCGGAGCGUCUGGAACCGGGCCAGCCGGACAUGAGUCGCGGGGACCCAAUCAUCCCGCUGCUCAAGGUUCUGGCCGCCUACUGGAAGAAGCAGUUCACGAUCACCGCCCCGGGGCUGCGCAAGCAGGGGUAUCGGCCGAUGGUGCAGCUGGAGGCGCAGAUCGCCUCCUUCCACAAGGACGAGCACGAUCCCGCCGUGCACGGCGAGCGAGUCGCGGACAUCAACGAGUUCCGGCAGGCGGCCGAGCGCAUGCAGGGUUCUCGCGAUCUGGGCGCGCAGCUGUUCACUGCGCUGCUGCGCGCCCUGGGCAUCGAGGCCCGACUCGUGGCCAGUCUGCAGCCUUUAGGGUUUGGCUGGACCAAAGCCGAGACGUACACGCCUAAGCCCACCACAGCAGUCGAGACCGACCCGGUUGUCGGCCUGGACUCCUUCAGCAGUAGCAGCAGUAGCAACAGCAGCGACGCGGAAACCGCACCGUCGCGCGGCCGCAACAACAACCCCAAGGGCUACGACAAAGACCUCCCAUUCCCGAUCUACUGGACCGAAGCCGCGUCGCCGAUCACGCACGAGAUCAUCCCCGUGGACGCGCUCGUCCUCCCCAACGCGGUCGCCACGACGCCGGAGCUACAAGCCGCCUUCGAGCCGCGGGGCGCCAAAGCCGAAAAGGCCAAACAAGUGAUCAGCUACGUGAUCGCCUACUCCGCCGACAAGACCGCCAAAGACGUGACGACGCGGUACCUCCGCCGACGGACCUGGCCCGGCAAAACCAAAGGCUACCGGAUCCCCGUCGAGAAGAUCGCCAUCCCCAACCGCCACGGAAAGGGCAAAGCCGCCGCCGCCGCCAAAACCACCAUCACCUACGACUGGGCGCGCGUCGUACUCCGCAUCUACACCCGGUCUCCGCACACCCAAACCCCAAUCGACGCCCUCGAAGACACCAAAGACCUAGUCCCUAAACAACCGGACCGCAAACCAGCCCCGGACAACCCACCCGACACCCUCCAAAGCCUGCGCACUUCCACCGAGUUCGUGCUGGAACGCUUCCUCCGCCGCGAAGAAGCUCUCCUGCCCUCCGCCCAACCCGCUCGCACCUUUGUCUCCGGCAAGGGCCUCAAGACCAAAACCGAAAACGUAUACCGCCGCGCGGACGUCGUGAAGUGCCAAUCGGCGGAGAGCUGGCACAAAGAGGGCCGACAGAUACAACCCGCCCAGCUCCCCCUCAAACACGUCCCCAUCCGCGCCGUCACCCUGCAGCGCAAACGUGAAGUCGACGAGUACGAGCGCGACCACGGCGAGAAGCCCAAGCAGGGGCUCUACGCCAAGUAUCAGACCGAAUACAUCAUCCCGCCGCCCAUCGUCGACGGAGUCAUUCCGAAAAAUGACUACGGGAACAUCGACUGCUUCGUGCCGAGUAUGGUGCCCGCGGGCGCCGCGCAUAUCCCGUGGUCCGGCACGGUGCGCAUCUGCAAGAAGCUGGGGAUCGAUUACGCGGAGGCGGUGACCGGGUUUGAGUUUGGGUCGAAGAUGGCGGUCCCGGUGAUUCAGGGGGUGGUGGUUGCGGCGGAGAAUGAGGAGCUCGUUAAGGAUGCAUGGCGUGUGGAGGAUGAGGAGAAACGGCGCAAGGAGGCGAGGAAGGCCGAGGCAAGGAUUCUGCAGACGUGGCGCAAGUUUCUGUUUGGGUUGCGGAUUCAGCAGAGGGUCAGGGAGGAGUAUGGGGGUGGGGAGGCGGAGGGGGACGAGGUCAGGGAGGAGGUGAAUCCUUUUACGAGGAGGGUUGGGGGUGAGGAUGGGGGUGCUGCUGGAGAUGGGAAUGGGCAUGGGGGUGGUGGUGGCGGUGGCUUCCUCCUCCCUGGCGAGGACGGUGAUGAGGCCUCUGAUCGCGGCGGCGGCUUCCUCCUCCCUGGCGACGACAACGACGAACCAUCCGGUGGCGGU